UCGACCCGCUCAGUGUUGGUCGGUCGGUUGAACGGCACGAUGUUGCAACGUCGCCGUUUCGCCUUCCGCGUAUUCGACAAUUAAUCUCUGAUAAUGCUUAUCAUCUGCCACGUUAUCAGAUCGUCGUUCGCCAGCAGAUUAUUUUUAAACAUGGUUAUCUGCGGUUCGGUAAAAGUCGCAGCUCCCCUGUUUGGAAACUUUCUCAGACGACGAUGGGCAGCCAACACUCCAAGCCUGAAGACAGGCUCCAACACAUAAACCGCGAGGUGGCGGCACUGCGGACCACCUUGCGGAACUCCAGACGUAACCUGUCCAAGCAGAGAAGAGAUUCCAUUGUCGAAUCGCUAGCGUUUCACUCCAACGAGGUCAAAGCCCUUACCGGGAAGACGAAACAGAAGAAAAUCAAUGAAACGCUUAGAAAUCUAUCAGACGCGAUGCAGGACGUGCUUUCCAUCGAGCCGGGAGACAACGAUUUGGACAUGGGCGCCGUCGAAAGCGAUUCUUUCGUCCAAAUGCCCUUGAGUAAGAGAUCGGUGACGUCCGGGUCGUCGGUCAAGUCAGUCAAGGUCAGCAAAAGGCUUCAGCAAGUGAUUAAGAGUCAGCCGGUCACUCUCGGCGACGUGGAAGCGAAACUGCAAGACUUGAAGGUCAAAAUAAGCACUGCCGUGGACAACAAAGAUACUAAGCAGCUCAGGGUUUAUCAGCAGACCUUGAAGGUGUUGGCCGGAGAUUUGGAGAUGAUCCAGACGAUCGCCGGGACGUCCGCGCAUGAACUGAAGGACAAAUUAACCAAAGUACUUACUAGUAGAUACCAAAAGGUGUCGAAAGCUUUGAGAGAGUCGAGCCUGCAAAACGUACAAAGGCAGUCGAAGAAUAAAGAGAAAACGUUGACAGAGCUGAACGAUAUAGAGCUCAAGUUGGCGGAGAACGAGUCGUUGAUCGACAAAAUGGCUACCGACAACAACGCGGUGGAUUAUUCGGUAAUACGCGAAAACCUGCUGAAAAUUAAUGAAAAAAUUAGGGCGGUCCAGCCGACAGAUUCCGAAGACAAGGAGAGGGUGCUUUUGCUGUCUCACAAGUUCACAGAGAUUGUUAAAAACCACGAAAACCUCAUGGCUAAGAAAGACUUCGCUAACAGCUUGAACCAGGCAUCGAACAAAUUCCAGAAGCUCGUCGCGCCGGACCAGGCCGCAGACAAAGCCAGGCUGAAGAAGGACUUGUUGGCGUUGAAAGACUCGGUCGGUAACUUGGAAGGCUACGACAACACCGAGAAAAGCGCGAAGACCAAUUUGUUGUCUCAAAUAAACAAAAGCGUGUCAGAUAUAGAAUCGGCCAUCAAAAUGGAAGAAGAUCAGAAGACGAUCCAGCAGAUAGUAGAGGAUAGCGUGGUGCUCCGGAAGAAAGUUAAGAGCAGUGAUAAAAAGCACACGGUCAUCGAUCAGUUUUGGAACUAUUGGAACAAUGUGCGUAACAAUUUCAACUUGAACUCGUACUCGAACCUGUCGCUCAUAAGGCUGGACGGUAUGCUGGAGGAAAUGCAAAUGUCGAUUAACGACAUUCGGGACGGCAUAGCCACCAAGUGCGACUUACGGAGCAAUUUGAACAAGAAGCAGUCCCAAUCGGUACCCAAAUUGACCUUGAACAAGCACUCAUACGGGAGCAACAACAGCCUACACCAAGUCGACGGAAACAGCAAGCUCAUUAAGACCAAAGUGAGGCUGUACCAUCUAUCCACCCCUGAGCUGUUGACCGUGGACCCGUCGGGACUGGAAAACCAGCAGCACAAGAGGUUUUCGAAAAUAGAGGAAAUUAAAAGACAGGUAUACUAUUUGAAGGAGAAAGUGGACGAAAGUCACAACAAGAACUUGAUAAAAGAAAAACUCGAAUCCUAUCUUAAAACUUUGAGCCCGUUCUUGGCAGAUUCCAACGCUACCGUGGCCAAAAACGCGAACAUCGUAUCCAGCGACAUCCACGAGCUGAUACAUAAACUUUAUGUCGUCGACAUCCGUCAAAGAGUGAACAUUUUAAGCAAAAAAGUGGAAAACUUCAGCGGAAAUAAGUACAAUAAGGAUUUCGAAGACAUACAGGCCGACCUUUUCAAGGUGCAAGUUAGUUUGCAAUCGUUGACCAUUCCGCCUUGCUACGACCAAUUACAAAAGGAAAGGAGCGACUUGCUGGACGAAAUUUAUUACCAUCUCAACAAGUUACAAGAGAAGUCCACUUAUUACAGAGAGUACGACGAAAACGUUAAACAGAUACGCGAUAAGUUGGCCAGCGUCAAGGACAUGGUGGGUAGAUUUUCUGGGACGUACAAAAGCGUGCUUUACAACAAGAUAGAGCGCGACCUGAACAAGAUUCUACUCGAGAUUGAGUCGAUAGAUGACAAAAACGCAACGGAUGAAAUAACGGCGGAGGUGGAGAAGAAUUUGAAGAUUCUGGAGCAGCGGGCGUCGAAAGCGCAAAGCUUUAGAAAACCAGGCGACGAAAACGUAUCCCCCACUCUUAAAAUCAAGGAAAAUUUGAGUAGCAUAAGAGAACAGAUCGACAAAACUCCGGUACAAGACGUCAAGGCCUUGAUAGGGUUGCAGGGGCGCUUAGAUCUGGUAAAACUGGAACUGGACCAGAUUUCGUCCAAGUCAAACGAGCGGUUGGAAAAGGAGAAGGAGAUUUUCUACAACGAAGCGCAGAGUCUGAAAAACGUGGUGGAAGCCAAGCUGACUCUUGGCCAGCAACCUCUCUACCUCUGGUCUGAUUCGGUAGAUGCGAGCAGCUUCCGACAGUCUGAAAUCACAAAGGAGAUGGAGCACUAUCAAAACAAAUUCAAAAAAGUUAAAGACCAAAUUUCCUCAAUGAACAGUCCCGAUUACGACUAUAGCUACACCCAUCUGGUUGAUGAACUAGACGAACUGAUCCGGCAAGUUGGAAGUUUCGAGUUCGUACGAGGUAUCGACUUGGACAUACAGAAAGGUAGCAUGCUAGCUGAGAUGCAAUAUUACAAGGACGUACUAGAAAAGCGAGCUAAGGACACGGACAAUUUGUCGACGGCGGAGACUAAGCUAGAGCACAUGGAGAGCCUUUUGAACAACCAUAGUUCGGAAGACCUAAACCAAAUGCUCAAAGACCUGGAGUCCAUACAGAACAACCUUAAUCCGGCGAAAAUGAGCGUAAAGAAAAGUAAGUGCCAGGCUAAAGCUAACGAGCUCGUUCGGCAAGUUCAAGCGCAGCUAAAAUCAGAACAGAAAGACUCGAAACAAACGGAAGCGAUAAAAAAGAUGAACGACAUUGCCGAAAAAUUCAAAGCGAUUAAACCCGAAAUAAAAUCCUUUGUAGGCGUUCAGUCGGACAGCAAAUUCUACGAGCUGGACGAGACCACAAUGAGGCUGAUUCUGGUAUUGGAGAAGCUGGACUUUGAUACCGCCGAGCUCAAGAAGCGUAAGAUUGAACUUCUCAAAGAAAUGCAUAAUUACGGGCAAAUUUUGGACGAACGUGCUGGUCAGACCGAAGACCUGGUUGAGUUAGAACAGAACUUGGAUAGUUUCUCGGCACUGAUGGAUGCUUAUUCGGGUGCGGAGGAGCAAUAUGACCAAAUUAAGGCCACCAUGGAAGAGACGAGGAAAAAAGUGAAUUCAUUGAGAGUCAACAAUGAUUUGGUGAUGAGAAAGAACGCUUGUUUGGAAAGGUUCAGCGUCCUCUUUAACAGGUUCUUGUCGCUUCGCAGUUCGCUGUCUAGGCCACAGUCCAAGACGGAUAAGGCGAAAGGCUAUGUGCUGCAGACGUUCAACAGCAUCACAAAAUCCAAAAUCGCCAACGAGCUAGGCCAGAUCGAGAAAGAAAUCGAUCUCAAUAGAGCAAAGGUAAAUGACUUUUCGGAGGUGGAAGAGAGCGAGGAGUUUCAGCAGAUCGACAACAGCCUGACUAGUCUGACGAUCGAGCUGCACAACUUAACCUACCCGAAGAAUUCCGACGAGCAUAAGAAGAAAAUGGAGUUGAUGGCGGCCAUAGAAGAGGUCACGCUUAGCUUGGAGAAAAGGGCGACCGAAAAUGGUAUGAUAAAAGAGAUCGAACGAGAGAUCAAGGAGAUAGGAGACCAAAUGAAGUCGCAUUGCUCCGACGAAGAGAUUGAUUUAAUAGAUGAAAAGUUGAUACAGAUUCAGGUUAAGUUGGGAAAGCUAGAAAGGGAAGAUUUAAAGUUCCGAAAGGACGCGUGCAUGAUGAGCAUUAUCCUGUACCUCAAGCAGAUAUCCGACUACAAGCAGCAACAGCGCUAGGUUUUUCUUUUAAGUUUAGGCUAGGAGUAAUUUAUUCUAAAUUGUGUUUUGUAUUUGUGCAAAUAAAUAUUCGAAAAAACAUUGUUGUGGUUU